CAUGGCCCUCAAGACGUAUACCUGGAUUUCCCUCUGGUUCAUUAUAACCGUGCCCAUUAUCUUCUGGGAUGUCGGGUACUGCCUCAUGAGACCACGUUCUAUGGAGGGAGGCGACUUGCAUUGGAUCUGGAGACCUUAUGCACUCUACCAAAAGGUCGACUAGGUCUACGGGCUUCCUGCCUUCGAAAGCGGAGACGGAUUCACCAACGCGCAAGCGUCAUUAAACGUGGUUGAGACCCUCCUUAACAUCGCCUACGUGUACCUCGCUCAUGUCGCUAAAUGGCCACCAGCGGCCGUCAUCGGCUUUGGGUCAGCUCUUAUGACGCUCUCCAAGACCAUUCUCUACUGGGCCCAGGAAUAUUUCUGUGGUUUUUGUGCCAUAGGACACAACAACGCGCGGGACAUAAUCCUUCUUUGGAUUCUACCCAAUGGACUAUGGAUUGUCAUUCCUGCACUCAUCGUGUGGCGACUGGGAAAAGACCUUGUGGACACCAUCAACUUUGCUGAGCGCCAGGCCACGAAGACCUCAUCCGGAAAGAGCAAGUA